AUGUCUGAGCCCCUGUAUAAAAGCAGAACGGCAUAUUAUGAAAUCCUUGAGGUGUCUCCAACCGCCACACAAGCUCAGAUCAAGACAGCUUACUACAAGCAGUCUUUCAUCUACCACCCAGAUAAGAAUGCAGGCAGUGAGGAGGCUACGAACCGCUUCUCCAACAUCAGCGAGGCUUACAACGUGUUGGGCAACAAGGGGCUGAGGAAGAAAUACGACCGAGGCAUUCUGAGUCAGGGAGACGUUACUGGAGCGAGCAAACCUUCCACGAAGGACACCAAGAGCUCCUCAUCUCAGCCAACAAGGGAGGCACGCCAGUCUUCCGCCUUGGGGAUAGACAGCAAGAACAUUUUCGACUUCGACAACUUCAUCAAAUCCCACUACAAAUCCCAGCUCCUGAGAGAGGAGGAGCUGCGAGUUAGGAAGGAGGAGAUGAUGAGGAAGAAAGAGGCCAUCAAAGACCGGGAGCUGGGCAAGAUGAUGGAGAUGGCUGUUGGGGUGUUGGUUGUCAUGGCAGUGUCUAUUCUGGUCAACUUGAAACAGGGAGGAAAUUGA